CACGGAGGCCGCCAUGGAUGCGGUGACCUAUGAGGAUGUGCAUGUAAACUUAACUCAUGAAGAGUGGGCACUUCUGGAUCCUUCCCAGAAGAAUCUCUACAAAGAUGUGAUGCUGGAAAUCUACUGGAACCUCAUUUCUGUAGGCUACAAGUGGGAAGACCAUAAUAUUGAAGAAUAUUGCCAAAGUUCUAGAAGACAUGGAAGGUUCCCUGAGCUCUGAAGGGAUGGUUUGAUGGAGACCUCCCAUUUAGGGUCAAGGUCUCUCACUUUGUGCUCAUUUUCCUGUUGUGAGUCCAAUUGGCCGAAAAGGAACGUGCCUGUCCACUGUUUGACACUAGAUGGAGCCAAAGAUUGGUAUCUGACUCGUUACCUACUGAAAGUGGCAUUACAGAAUGCAGUGACCUAUGAUGAUGUGCAUAUCAGCUUCACUAGCAAAGAAUGGGCUUUGCUUGAUACUUCCCAGAAGAAUCUCUACAAAGAUGUGAUGCUGGAUACUUACAGUAACCUUGCUGCUAUAGGCUACAAAUGGGAAGCCCAUAAUAUUGAAGAACAUUGUCAACAAUUUAGAAGACACAGAAGGCUUAAAAGAAGACAUACUGAAGAGAAACCCUACAAAUGUAGUCAAUGUGGUAAAGCCUUUUCACAGAGGAGUCACCUCCAUGCUCAUAAAAGAACCCAUACUGGAGAGAAACCCUAUGAAUGCGAUCAAUGUGGGAAAGCCUUUUCACAAUGUAGUCAUCUCAACACUCAUAAAAGAAUUCAUAGUGGAGAGAAACCCUUUCAAUGUAAUCAAUGUGAGAAAGCUUUUGCAGAUCACAGUUAUCUUAAAAAACAUGAAAAAACUCAUACUGGAGUGAAACCCUAUGAAUGUAACCAAUGUGGUAAAACCUUUUCAAAACCUGAGAGUCUCCGAAUACAUAAAAGGAAUCAUGCUGGAGAGAAACCCUAUCAAUGUAAUCAAUGUGAGAAAGCUUUUGCAGAUUACGGUUAUCUUAAAUUACAUGAAAGAAUCCAUACUGGAGAGAAACCCUAUAAAUGCAGUCAAUGUGGGAAGGCCUUUUCACAACAGAGUCAUCUCAACAUUCAUAAAAGAACCCAUACUGGAGAAAAACCCUACGAAUGUAAGCAAUGUGGUAAAGCUUUUUCAAAUUGCAGUGGUCUUAAAACACAUGAAAGAAUUCAUACGAGAGAGAAACCCUAUGAAUGUAAUCAAUGUGGGAAAGUGUUUUCACACAGGUCUAGUCUCCGGACACAUGAAAGAACUCAUACUGGUGAGAAACCCUUUGAAUGUAAUGAAUGUGGGAAAGCCUUUCGAAAACGCAGUGCUCUCCAAACGCAUAGGAGAACUCAUAUUGGUGAUAAACCCUGUGAAUGUAAGCAAUGUGGUAAAACUUUUUCAAAUAGCAGAGGUCUUAAAAUACAUGAAAGCAUUCAUACUAGAGAGAAACGCUAUGAAUGUAAGCAAUGUGGGAACGUGUUUUCACACAAGCCUAGUCUCCAGAUACUUAAAAGAACUAAUACUGGUGAGCAACCCUAUGAACGUAAUGAAUGUGAGACAGCUUUUCCAAAACCCAGUGCUCUCCAAACACCUAAGAGAACUCCUACAAGGGAGAAACCCAAGCCGGACAGUGGUGGCGCAUGCCUUUAAUCCCAGCACUCGGGAGGCAGAGACAGGUGGAUCUCUGCUAGUUCGAGACCAGCCUGGUCUACAGAGCCAGUUCCAGGACAGUCUCCAAAACAAU